UCCAAAGAUCACCGACUGAGUCCAACCGAAGAAAACCCAAUAAAAAAUGUCUCACAAAUUGCCUUAAAUCCAAGCACACUAGUCACUUUAACCAACCUUCACAAGUCCCAACAUCUAACACGUUUCAAUCCAAUAGGACACAGAAAAUGUACCACAAAAUUGUUACAUAAACUGCAAACCGUUCGUACAGCUAUUCCAAUUGACCACAUCAGAUUCUUAUUCAUUUCGAAAAAGCAAAACCCUCUUGUUGCUUUCUCACAAAAUAUAUGCCUAAUCUCGCAUAUUUUGGCCCAAAAAUCAAGUUAUGCCAAGAUAUUAUUCUGCCACCGAUUUGGGUGUGCAUCAGUGAGGAGAGUUCACUGUCUAAUAGUGACUCGUUCCAUGGGCAAAUUUUCUUGCUCCCAACUCUCCUUCUUAUAACGUGGUUUAAAAUUUUUCUUGAAGUGAGAAUAAAAUCUAAGUGGUGGAGUGGGUUCGGCUUAGUUGAGCAUUGAUGGGUGCUACGAACCUCGUUAUGCUCAAAACACACAUUGAAUCUAUCAACUUGUCUUUUGCAAAUGGUUUUGUUUAUGAAAACGUGCUUUGGGCUUUGGCUUCUCUUCGGGUUUUCUUCUACAACUAUGUGCUGUAUUCCUUGGGUUUGAUUCUCAGACAUAUCUUCAGAUUUCAUGCAGAAGACAGGGAAAGCGAACACCUUAUUCAACAUGAUCCACCCGAUCAAACCAAGAGAAAUCAGAUUGAAGAUUCUAACAUUGACGGGAUCGCAGAGGAGUUAGCUAAUUUGCUAUUUCCGAUCUUUGAUAAUUUUUAUGUAGCAAUUGAUGGAAGAGAAGGAGAAACAAAGUGCCCUGUUUUAUUUGCGAAGGACUCCAAUGUAAAUAUUCAUGAAGAUGCUGAUGAUUUACACGGAGAAACAAAGUCCUCUGUUUUAAGGGAGAUAAACUCUGGUUUUCAUCAAAAUGUAAAGAAAUUAGAAGGAGAAACAGAGUGCUUUGUUUUAGAGGAGAAAGACUUGGAUGUGUAUGAACAUGGUAAAAGAAGAGAAGGAGAAAUAGAGGGGUCUGUUUCCAUGGAGGCCGUCUCGUGUGUUCAUGAAGAUGUCAAGAAAAUAAAUGAAAAUGAAACAGAAAGCUCUGUUUCCGCAGGGGCAGAUUCCAAUUUACUUCGAGAAGACGAAGAAGAAGGUUCUUUCUUCACAAAUUUUGAAGCCAGUGAUUUGGUAGAAGAACCAAGUAUGCUGUCCUUCAGUUUCCGUCAAAAUUUUAUAGCUCCGAAUGUUUCCCAUAAUCUAUUUUCCAGUAAUGAAAAUAUUUCAAAAAUUGAAUGUUUAGAGCAUCCUUUGGAGGAAGGCCUUGUUUCUCAAGAAGAACUGAGAAACAUCACAUCCAUUUUCACUUCUGAUCCAAUCUCUCAAUGUAAAGCGUUUUGUUCAAGUGAUUUAUUUGAUGAUGACAUUCUAAACGAUAGCACGUUUCAAUCUGAUUCUGGGUCAGAAUCAUGCAGCAACAACAACAAUGACUAUUCGGUAACACUUGAAGUUUUUAGUUCUAGCCCUUUUGGUGAAGUAUUUGAUACUGAGAGCCAUGAGGAAAAUACAUAUGAAUUUCGUGAAGAAUCUCAAUAUUCACAUGACAGUGAAGUCUCACACGAUCACAAUUUUGAUCUUGUUGAGGACAAAACUGAAAAGGAAAGUUCUCCAUACCGUGGAGAAGACACCAUGUGGGAAGAUAAAUGGGAUGAAUCAGAUUUUGACGAAGAAGAAGAAGACGACGAUGACUUUGAAUGGGAGAAUGAUGAAGUAGUGCAACAAUUGAAAAUGGAACUUAAAAAUGCCAGACAAGGAGGGCUUGCCACUAUUUUAGAAGAGGAAGAAGAAGCAGAGUCUCCAAAAGUUGUUGAGGAUCUAAAGCCACUGAAGAUAGAAAAGAAGAUAGAAUUCAAAGAUCACAUUGUUGAAAUUCAAAAGGUUUAUAGGUGCUAUGCAGAGAAAACUCGGAAACUGGAUGUUUUGAAUUACCAGACCAUGCAUGCAAUUGGACUUGUUCAACUAAAAGACCCACCAAAAUUGUUUAUCAUCCCAAAAUCUACCGUCCAAAGCAUGAAGCCACUAAUAUCUCAAAAUUUGUGGCCACGCAAGGCACUGAAUCAGAUAUCUGAUCCUAUACUGAAGUUUAUUGAAGAUCUGCACGGAGAUUUGGAAUUGGUGUAUGUUGGGCAAGUUUGUCUCUCCUGGGAAAUUUUGUGUUGGCAGCACAAGAAAGUUAAAGAGUUACAACAAUAUGAUUCUCAAUGGCCUCGCAGCUAUAAUCUUGUGGCGGCUGAAUUUCAACGAUUUCAUGUCCUCAUGCAACGCUUUUUGGAAGAUGAACCAUAUCAAGGUCCAAGAAUUCAAAACUACAACAACAACCGUUGCGUCAUUCGUAACCUGCUGCAAGUUCCACCCAUUAAAGAUGACAAUACGAAAGACAAGAAAAUAAUCAAGUUGGGUGAAGAGUAUGCAAUCAAUAGCGAAAGGUUGGCAAAAAUCAUCAAAGAGUCGAUGCAGGUGUUUUGGGAAUUUGUGAGAGCAGAUAAAGAUUAUGGCAAUGUGAUGAAAGCUUCUCAUAAAACAGGAAUUGAUCUCAAGGACGUAGCAGUUUCUGAAAUUCUUGGGAAUGUUCGAACUCAAUUGCAAAAGAAGGAGAGAAAGCUAAAAGACAUAGUAAGGAGUGGGAAUUGCAUAGUGAGGAAGUUCCAAAAACAGAAUGAAGAUCAUAUUCAACUCGAUCAAGAACAGUUGCUUGCUCAAGUGGGAUUGAGAUUGGUGUCAAGGGUGUUACACAUGAAAAAGUUGAGAAAAGAUCAACUAAUGUGGUGUAAUGAAAAGUUGAACCGAAUCGAUUUUGUUGGCAGAAAGGUUCAAGUGGAGCCUUCUCUUUUGUUUUUUCCUUGUUGAUUAAUUCUUUUGGAUUUAUUUCGCAGAAAAUUACACACUAGCAUAUACAGAAACAACACUUUUUAUGUUAUACAUAAUGUUGACAUGAUGGAAUACUAAAUCAGUUUUAGGAUCAAA